AUGUUUUACUGUACUGAAAUCCUUCGAAGCGGCGGAAUUCACCAUUUUUAUUUCCAUUGCUAUACAGUUACCCUUAUGGAGCGCGUAAAUGCGGAAGUUAAGAUUUUGUCAACUCGGUUAAAGUAUCUUUCACGUUAUGUGAUGCAACAAAAACGUCAGUUAGAUUCAGCAUUGGGAAAGAUCACUGCUCUUGAAGAACAGUUGUCUGCUCAUCUGUCAAAGUGUACACCUUCUUCACCGUGUACACAACGAUCUAUAGGCUGUCAGGUAUCGCCAAAUUCGAAACCUUCAGUUACACUGUCAUCAAGUCGAAAGCAUUCAGUCACUUUAUCGCCUGACAUGAAUGAUGUCUCUUCUUCUUCUUCAAGAAGUAGUGUCAGCAAAUCCUUUAAUGGCACAAUACAAUGGCUUCAAACAGCAUCCAAUUCAGUGGACAAGGAUACACCAAAAAUUUCUAACAAACUGGAGAUUAAUAAAUGUCAGGCUGUCAACUCGCUUUCCUCUCAAAGAGUUGUGACUACUCCUAAGGAGGAAAUGAAUGAAAUCCCGUCAACUUCGAGAAUACAGAUUAUUCUUCAUCAAUCAAUCAACCCGGUUAUAGUACUAAAACUUCUUUGGGCUAUUCUAUGGCCCAAUGCAUCAAUUGAUGAAUCAUAUCAAGUGUGGAUAGAAGAAUCUCAAAUUAGCAUAGAGUCCUUCGAGGUUUGGGGUGCGUUACACGCCCUCGAGACCAUACUUCAAUUGGUGUACCAGGGUGAAUAUUCAGGGGUGAGUUUCAUUUUUACUUAUGACUUGAUUUCAUUAAUUUAUUUCAUCAUAUAGAAUGUUAUAAUUACAGGAUCUUUGAUGGACGAACCACAAUUCGGACACCGUGGAAUGUUGAUAGAUACUGCAAGGUACUUCUUGCCACUCGAUGUCCUGGAGAAAUUAUUAGAUAGCAUGGCCAUGGUGAAGAUGAAUGUGUUUCAUUGGCAUAUUACAGAUGAUCAAUCAUUUCCCUUUGUUUCAACUAUUCAUCCGAAACUGUCAAAGCAGGUGAGUAAGAUGAAAUCAGGUCAUUUAUUGAUCAAAAUAUUUGUUUAAACUACAACAGGGUGCAUAUCAUCAGCUGAAGGGCAUAUACAGUGACGGAGAUGUGAAAAAUCCGUUGGACUACGCCCGUCGACGUGGAAUUCGUGUCAUUCCAGAGUUUGAUACUCCAGGUAGAUAAUUUUAGAUAUAUAUAUUUAAUAUGAUUUAAUUAUCCAUCAUGUAAGUUCAAGUGAAAAUAUUUGAAUGAGUAUGAACAUGCUCUUGGAAUAAUCCUGAAAAGCAGUUUAUACAUGAUUUUGUGUUUGAAGGUAUGUUGAAGCAAGGAGAUGAUGAGAGGCGUUUACCUCUUCUGAGUUACGUAUCAGGUUUGAUUUUGCUAGAAAUUAUAAACCCAAGGCGGUUGUGAAAAAUCCACAGCUUGUGAUUCUGUUUAGUCGUCUAAUAUACUCCAGUCAAUAUGGAGAAUUAUCCAACCAGUGAACAACGUGGAUAUCAUUGGUCCAGUGUUUGCAUUCAACGUCUUGCAGUUAAUCUUUGAAUUGACCAACGUAAUUAGUGUGAAAUACAUGUGUUAUGUGAGUUGAACAGUGUAUAACUUCAGACAGCAGAAUACGAAUCAAUUUCAGAUGGUGAAUCCAUUCAUCAUGGUGUUUUGUAUCUCAACGACAUUAUUUGUCGAAAUAUUGUAAGGCUGACUUCCAUUGACUGUUACAAUCAUCUUUUGUAGCGCAUACAUUAUCAUGGGGGAAAGGAUAUCCAGAGUUACUAACAAAAUGUUACAACGGCGCUCAACCAAAUGGAAAGUUGGGUCCAUUGAAUCCAGUCAAUCCAUCGUUGUAUGGGUUUCUGAAGAAAUUCUUUGAAGAAAUAGUCCGCAGAUUUCAUGACAAUUA